CCGCCAAAGCCGAUAAUCCUUGCGGAAUUCCAAGAUCCUCCGGUCCCCUUUAACAUCGUUCGCUCCUUUCUCUAAUUCCGCAUACUUGCGAAAGGCAUACACAUAGCGGAAGCCCUAGAUUUCGAAGACUCUUGUCCGGCUACUGUUUAUUUAUACCCAUUGACUCCUUCAUAUUGUCCGAAGCCUAUCUCACAGGACACGUUCACAUCAUGGUCGUCUACGCGUUCUAUAUAUUCGACCGGCACACCGAAUGCAUCUACAGCAAGAAAUGGCCCCCUCCUGUGGCCGCUUCGACUGCGAAGCCACGACCACAAUCCACCUCCAGCGCAGCCACCAACGGCGAAUCCGCACAACCACUCACCCGCCGAACGAACCAGAAAUCCGAUGACGAGAAGCUUGUGUUCGGCGUCGUGUUCUCGUUGCGGAACAUGUGUCGGAACCUCGGGGGAGAAGACAAUUUCUUCAUGAACUUCCGCACCAACGAAUAUAAACUCCACUACUUCGAGACGCUGACACGGCUGAAGUUUGUCAUGCUGACGGAUACGCGCACCGGGAAUCUACGGGCUGCGCUUCAUCAGAUCUGGCUGAAUCUGUAUAUCGAGUAUGUGGUGAAGAAUCCGCUGUCGCCAGCAGAGCAUCCCGGGGGAAUGGGUGUUGCAAACGAGUUGUUUGAGCGAGGGUUGGAGUCGUUUGUGAGAGAGGUUCUUUCAGCACCUUCAUGAGCUCCGUUAGCAGCUUCCCUGGUCCAAUCGCCCAAUUUGCGUAUUGCCUCGAGACAUCCUUGCACUAGGAUAGCUCUAGUCCGCUUCAAGGAUAUAUAUCCAGAUGGGAAGGGAGAAGCUACCUGUAUUACAGGAC